CCCGAGCAACCAAAGUUAAAUCUCGAGGCAUGAGUCGGUCUUACUUCCACGGGCUAAGUGGAAGGCAGGGGAAAUGUUUGCUCUUUAGAUAUGUGUGAGACUUACCUGAAACGCCAGGCUGCCAGCUGGAAGUAUUUGUGGACUGUACCUCGGCUGCUGUACCGUGUAGUUCAUAUAUUGUGAAUUCCCGAGGACAGAUCAAAGGGACAAAAUUGAUAAUGAAAAUGGACAUGAAGGAUGCUGAUAUGACUGUAUGGACAGAAGCUGAAUUUGAAGACAAGUGUACCUACAUUGUAAAUGAUCAUCCCACAGAACCCAGCUCUGCAGAAGGUUGCACUCAGGCCGAAUCUUCUUUGCCAAGGAACUUGAUUUUCAAAUAUGCAGGAAAUUGCAAAGAGGUUAUUGGAGUUAUCAGCAAAGAUAUUAUCCCCAAAGGAACACGCUUUGGACCAUUGGUUGGUGAGAUCUACACCAGUGACACAGUUCCUAAGGAUGCAAAUAGAAAAUAUUUUUGGAGGAUCUAUUCUGGUGGUGAACUUCUCCAUUUCAUUGAUGGAUUUAAUGAAGAAAAAAGCAAUUGGAUGCGUUAUGUAAAUCCUGCCCACUCUGUUCAGGAGCAGAACUUGGCUGCAUGUCAGAAUGGCAUGAACAUCUACUUCUACACCAUCAAACCUAUUCCUCCUGGCCAGGAAUUGCUUGUAUGGUAUUGUCAGGACUUCGCAGAUAGAUUGCAUUAUCCUUCCACUGGAGACCUGGUGACAUUGAAUACACAAAGCCACAGUAGGCCAAAGCAACAAACCAGUGACAAAGAUGAACUUUUUCAGAAAAAUCUUCCUAGAAGAGAACAUAGUGUAAAGGAAAUCCUAAAAACUGACUCCAGUCAUCCUAGAGGAAGGGACUUAUGCUAUAGCCAUGUUGUUCCACAUACUGAAGAAAAAGCCUCAGAGGUCUUAAAGAAAAAUUGUAGUCCAGAAAGGAGGCCUUUCUAUCCUCGAGUUGUCUACCCCAUCCGACCUCACAUUCCAGAAGAUUACCUGAAGGCUUCCCUAGGUUAUGGGAUUGAUAGACCUAGUUACAUGGCUCACUCACCUGUCCAGUCUUCCACCACCCCGAGCCCUUCAGCAAGAAGUAGCCCAGACCAAAGUUUAAAAAGUUCCAGCCCUCACAGCAGUCCAGGAGUUACAGUUUCACCCUUAGCUUCUGUGACUCAAGAGCACAGGGAGUCUUAUCCUUACUUGAAUGGACUGUAUAAUGCAGAAGGAUUAGGGUCAUAUUCUGGAUAUGCCCCCUCAAGCCAUCUUUCACAAGCCUUUCCCUACCCCAAAUUUCUAUUACCACCAUACAGCAUGAGCAUCAAUAAUUUCAAUCUCUUUCCAAGGAUGUGUCCUUUUUAUAGCAGCCUCUUCAGUGGGGGAAGCCUUUCUCCUCAUAUGCUGAACUCAUCUGGCCUUCCAAGUUCCUUGCCAUCAGAUGGGAGCCGUCAGCUCCUACAGCUGGAUCAUCCAAGGGACCUUCUCAUCCCUGCACACAACAGUGCCUUCUCCAUCACAGGAGCUGCUGCCAGCAUGAAAGACAAGCCAUGUAGCCCCACUAGUGGGUCACCCACAGCAGGCACUGCAGCCACUUCUGAACACACCAUGCAACCUAAACCUACCUCGGCAGUAUUGGCUGCCACUAGCAGUGAAGAAGCCAUAAAUCUCAUCAAGAGCAAGCGAAACAUGACCGGUUACAAAACCCUUCCCUACCCCCUGAAAAAGCAGAAUGGCAAAAUAAAGUAUGAAUGCAAUGUCUGCUCCAAAACCUUUGGCCAGCUCUCCAAUCUGAAGGUGCAUCUUCGAGUACAUAGCGGAGAAAGACCAUUCAAAUGUACUACUUGCAAUAAAGGAUUCACCCAGUUGGCUCACCUCCAGAAGCACUAUCUGGUACACACAGGAGAGAAGCCUCAUGAGUGUCAGGUCUGUCAUAAACGAUUCAGCAGCACAAGUAACCUGAAGACCCAUCUGCGGCUGCAUUCAGGAGAAAAACCUUACCAGUGUAAGCUGUGCACUGCUAAAUUCACCCAGUUUGUGCACCUAAAGUUGCACAAACGGCUCCAUACCAGAGAGCGCCCACACAAGUGUAUCCACUGCCAUAAGAGUUACAUCCACCUUUGUAGCCUCAAGGUCCACCUGAAGGGAAACUGCCCUGUAAUCCCUGCCCCCGACCUUUCUACAGAGGACCUCAAUCGGAUCAAUGAGGAGAUAGAGAAAUUUGACAUUAGCGACAGUGCGGACAGGUUGGAUGAUGUCGAGGACAAUGUUGAUAUAGCAUCAGUAGUAGGGAAAGAAAUACUUGCUGUGCUUAGAAGUGAGAUAGAAGGAGCCACGAUGAAAGCAUCGUUGCAAAGGAACCUGGGGAACGGGCUGAUCAACUCUGGGUGUAAUCUUUAUGAAGCGUCAGAUGUGUCAGUUGUGAAGUUGCCUCAUGCUCAUCCACUACCUCAGGUACCUAUCAAGGUCAAGCAAGAAACAGUCGAACCAAUGGACCCUUAAGUGCUGUGGGAUGUGCAUGGGUAUGGUGUGUGAGAGUAUAUGCAUGUGCAUUAGUAUGUGUAUUAGUAUGUGUGGCAAAGGAGUGGUUUUUUUUUUUUAAUUUAUGACCUGGCAAGACAGGGUGCCUGUAGCAAUUGCUUGUAUAUACUAUCAACGCUGCAAAGCAACCUCAGCUUACAGUAGCUUCUCCAGUUGAAAGAAGGAAUUUCCAUGUUGUAUUCUCAGGGCAUAAAAAGAGGCCAAGACUGUCCAUUGCCUCUCCCACUUCCAAAAAAGACAAUCUAAUAUCUAUAAUCAUUUUCCAGUAAUAGUACUUCAUAAUUUAUUAUGCAAUUUACUAUUCAAAAAGCAAUAGCUAGAAUAAUAUUUACAAUGAUAGGAAAAUUCAUUGUAAAUGGAAUAUGAGUGGUUUUCUUUGUUGUUUGUUUUGUUUGUCUUGUGGCUGUUCUCCAUAGAGUUGAUUCCUGUAUAUCUGUUUAACAAUAACAAAAUAAUAACAAAACCCUGUGUCUGACUAGGCUGCAAAGGGGGAAAUGUUAACAUGCCUAUUUCAGGCAUGAUGUUUUGUUUUGCCAAAGGUAAAUCCUCAAAAUUCAUUUGGUUGGAACAGUGCUGUAUAACUGAACAAAGUAGGUAAACAUGUGAAAUUACUCUAAAAUAUAUACAGCAGAGGAAGAAACUCAUGUCUAGGAUGAGUGGAAAAGUAAAAUGUCAGACAGAAUGCAUCAAAAACAGUCCUUUCCACAAAACACGUAGUUUUACCUCAUGGUUGUGAGCAAUACUCUUAGAAAAUAACGUUUUCCUCCUCUUGCAUACUGUUCAUAUAAGUAUACAACACAUGAGACCGUAAAGAUUCUCCCUGCAAAGAAGGGGUGUUGCUGAGGCAUUGGCUGGUUAGGUCCCAAACCUCACAUGGAGAUUCUGUGAGGGAAAUAC